GCUUGGAUGCACAGGCGAUGCCCACUCGCCUGCAUCCAAAGACUCAUGUAAAUGCUGAUUGCUCUGAUAUGAUAAGACGUGAUGAAAUGCCGAAGGUUGUGCGCCACAACCGGCGCUUACCGGCAACCCCAGUGCGAAGCUCCCACCGCGAUUGAUGCCUCAGUAUGAUGUUCCAUAGAUGUCUUUCCGAGUUCAUGUUGAAUUCGUGCAUCUCCAUCACACUUGCAGCUCUUCUCUCGCAGGAUAUAGCCAGGACUUCAUCAAGAUUUGAUGUCUAUCAUCCGUUCCACUUGCCCAUGCCAACCGCGCUUGCUAGAAUUCGCCGCCGAUAUCGUAUCAGAGGGAUUGUGUCGGCCAAAAGUUGCCCUUCCUCAACCUUCCAUAACCAGACGGAGGCCUCGUGGCUCUGACCUCACACGUGUGUUUGACGCCCAAAGUUCUCCCUCUCCUCCAUCCACUUGUCUGCUAUCGAACAUGUCGGCGCAGCAAGGGGCUGAAGCUCUCAGGCAUAAGAUCGAUGAUCUACUUGUGCAAGGGGUUGACAUAGUGGUCCCGAUUCUCAGGGUCGUCAAUGCUACAGCUGAUUGGUGUCCCCCUCUAAAGAUGGCGACUAGCGGUGCACUCUCCAUCCUCGACGAGGUUCAGUUCAAAGACAACAAGAAGGAGUGGGCUGAUUUCGGCCAAUACGUAGCCGACACCGUGGUCGAGGUGAUUUUGGUCAUAAAAUCUUACGAUGCGUCAACGGAAGAAGCAAACCCGUGGAUGGACAGUGCCACAAAGCUCAAAAACGCUCUACAGGUGAUUGAGUCCGGAAUCAAAGGAAGACGGGAGAAAGUAGAAAAGCGACCGGCCUUAAUAAAUGCGGUUUCGUACUUGCGAGACCCAGGAAGGAUUAAUAGCCUCAAGAAAGAUUUUGACAAAGCAUUGGCAUCGUUUCAGCUUCGGACGAACUUGAUGACCGGUGCCAAAUUAGCGGCCAUAGAACGUCGUCAACAGGAUGUAGACCAUCGCCAACAGGACGAUAAAAUUCUCGAGAGCCUCCGAUACCCUCAUAUCGCCCUCGGUGAUUCUACUCAGGCGUGCCUGGAAGGCACCAGGGUUGAUCUCAUUGAGCGUAUCAUGACAUGGUGUCGCAACACUGGGGAGAGUCAGAAUCGGCUGAUGCUGCUGACUGCUGUGGCUGGUGCCGGCAAGACUUCAAUUGCGCUCACGAUAGCAGAGCAAUGUGCGAACGAAGGGGACGUUACCCUGUUACUGCAUUUCUUUUUUAAAGCGGGUGAACGGGCGCGGCCCGAUUUUCUAUUCACCGGUAUAGCUCGAGCCCUAGCAGACCAUGACCCUGUUUACCGCACUUCCAUUAUCUCUGCUCUUAGAAAAGAUCCUUCUCUCUCAACAGCGCCACUUGCGAAGCAAUUCGAGAACUUGGUGGCUUCGCCUCUCCUCCGUACACCUCCGCCUUCCGGUCAUUCUAUGCUCGUUAUCGUUGAUGCUUUGGACGAGUGUGACAAAACCGUGUUUUUGUCCCUUGCCGAAAUCCUUAGGGAGGAGGUGCCCAAGCUACCAUCUUCCAUAAAAUUCUUUAUCACAUCGAGACAAUUUGAUCUCGUGAAUCGUUCCCUCUCCCCCGAUUACCCUAUCAAUCGACUCACUAUUGAUCUUUUGGAUGAGACAAACGUGCAGGACUGCGCGAUAUACAUCAGUUUCCAGCUUCAAAAGCUGAAGAAAUUGCAUCCGGAAUUGCGCGAUAAUCUUCAGGAUGAGGACAAAAAAGUGCAGGAGAUCUUGGAACGAGCAAACGGCUUGUUUAUUUGGGUCAGCACAAUCUUCCUCUACAUGGAGACGAGCAGCAACGAUCCUAUGAGGACACUGGGGCGCCUGCUCGAUACUGGCACCAAACGUUCCAAACGUUCCAAAGUCCCUGCUGAGGGAAUGAUGGAUCGCUUAUACACAACGAUUUUGAAAAGGUGUAAUUGGGAAGAUGAAGAUUUUGCACAUGACUACCCAAUUGUGAUGGGAGCAAUCGUUGCCGCACAGCAACCUCUGUCGGUCACUGCCUGGGAUGUGAUUUUGUCACCAUUGCUCGAUUCUUCUGUCCGUUAUGCAUUGGCUGAACUCGCCCCUCUCCUCUCGGGGGUUGAGGAUCCUCACAUCCCGAUUCGCAUCUUACACCAUUCAUUCCGCGACUUUAUUGUGGAUCGGAUCGAUCUCCGGUCCAUUGACCCUAGUUGCAGUCCAGUAGAUUUGAGGAUAGAGAAUGCCAGGAUUGCCCUGCGAUGUACCGAGAUUCUGAACCAGGAUCUUUGCUCCGUAUCGGGCCUAGGACUGAUUGAACACUUGUCCCAAAGAGAUGAAAUGCCGCGUAUUCUUCCAGAGGAGUUAUCCGAACACUUUCGUUACGCAUGCUGCCAUAUCGUCUAUCACCUCAGUGGGGUCCAGGAAUCAUCACAAGAGUUCAAUCGGUCAGUUGGUGUAUUUCUCAGUCAGCAAGUAACUCGCUGGGUGGAAGUCUGUGUGAGAAUGGAGGGCUACAUCAGUAUCUCGUUACUCCCUGAGUGGGUCAAGUUGUUUGUUGACCACAGUUUGAAAGCUGCUGUUGGCACAUUAGCAAAUGUGCUCGCCGAGCUUUCAUGGAAUUUGGUAUUUUUGUCAAGAUUCCAGGAGGCACAUGAGGCAGCAAGUGAUUCUGUUGCACUCUGCCGUUACCUUUUUUCCGUGGACUCAGUGUCCUACACUCCGCAUUUGUCCCUGUCACUUAACAACCUAUAUUUGGCUCUUUCCAGACUUGGACGGCACUCCCAGGCGCUCCCAUUCAUUGAAGAAAGCGUUAAACUCCGGCGUGAGCUAGUUGCCAUUCAUGCAGGAUCAUACACUUCGCAUUUGGCCAUCUCACUUGACAAUCUCCGUGGUGCUCUUUCCAGUCUCGGACAGCACUCGGAGGCCCUCCCAUUUAUCGAAGAAAGCGUCAAACUAUACCGUGAGCUGGUUGCCACUCACCCAGGAUCAUACACCCCGCAUUUGGCCAGAUCACUCGACAAUCUCCGUGAUGCUCUUUCCAAUCUUGGACGGCACUCGGAGGCACUCCCAUUUGUCCAAGAAAGCGUCAAACUAUACCGUGAACUAGUUGCUGUUAACCCAGGAUCAUACACUCCGGAUUUGGCCCUCUCACUCAACAAUCUAUACUUUGCUCUUUCCAAUCUUGGACAGCACUCAGAGGCGCUCCCAUUUAUUGAAGAAAGCAUCAAACUAUACCGUGAGCUAGUUGCUGUUCACCCAGGAUCAUACACCUCGGAUUUGGCCAGGUCCCUCGACAAUCUUCGUGGUGCUCUUUCCAAUCUCGGACAGCACUCGGAGGCACUCCCAUUCGUUGAAGAAAGUGUCAAACUAUACCGUGAGCUAGUUGCCAUUCACCCAGGAUCAUACACCCCAGAUUUUGCCCUCUCACUCAACAAUCUAUAUUUUGCUCUUUCCAAUCUCGGACGGUACUCGGAAGCGCUCCCAUUCAUUGAAGAAAGCAUCAAACUUUACCGUGAGUUAGUUGCCAUUCACCCAGGAUCAUACACCCCGGAUUUGGCCAGAUCACUUGACAAUCUCCGUGGCGCUCUUUCUGAUCUCGGACGGCACUCGGAGGCGCUCCCAUUCGUCGAAGAAAGCGUCAAACUAUACCGUGAGCUAGUUGCUGUUCACCCGGGAUCAUACACCCCAGAUUUGGCCCUCUCACUCAACAAUCUAUAUUUUGCUCUUUCCAAUCUCGGACGGUAUUCGGAGGCGCUCCCAUUCAUCGAUGAAGCUAUCAAACUAUACCGUGAGCUAGUUGCUGUCCACCCAGGAUCAUACACCUCGGAUUUGGCUAGAUCACUCGGCAAUCUCCGUGGUGCUUUUUCCAAUCUUGGACAGCACUCGGAAGCGCUCCCAUUCGUUGAAGAAAGUGUCAAACUACAUCGCGAGCUAGUUGCUGUUUACCCAGCAUCAUACACACCUGAUUUGGCCAUCUCGCUCAACAAUCUAUACGAGGCUCUUUCCAAUCUCGGACGGCACUCGGAGGCGCUCCCAUUCAUCGAAGAAAGUGUCAAGAUCCGACGCCAGCUGGUUGAAAUUAACCCAGGUGCAUAUGCCUCAGGAUUGACCCAUUCACUCAGAAAUCUACGUCAAGCCCUUUCCAAUCUUGGACUUCAUUCCGAUGUAUGAGCAACCCAAGUCCGGUGGUCCAACCUCGAUUUUUUCUAUUGAUAGAACAAUCACUGGCACUACGCCCA